GUGUGUUGUUCCGCAUAUCGCGGUUGCUAGACGAACCGUGCUUCUUGUCGUGAGUACACAGUGAACGUAGGACCAGAUACCAGCGAACACAGGGAAUGCUAAAACAGAGGGCCUCGCAUUGCUCUCGAGAUGACGUCACCAUACACCGUGGUACUGGUCAGGCACGGACAGAGCCUGUACAACAAAGAGAACCUCUUCAGCGGCUGGCAUGACUCGGACCUGUCCGUCAAGGGAGAGAACGAGGCUAUAGCCGCCGGCCAGCUACUACUGCGGCACGGGUUCGAAUUUGACGUGGCGUACACCAGCAUGUUAAAGCGGGCCAUUAAGACCCUCCACAUCAUCCAGGACGAGCUGGACAGCCACUGGCUGCCGGUCGUCAAGUCCUGGCGCCUCAACGAGCGCCACUACGGCUCCCUGCAGGGGCUCAACAAAGCGGAAGUCGUCGAGAAAUUCGGCGCCCACCAGGUUCAGCUCUGGCGGCGCUCCUACGACGUCCGCCCCCCGCCCAUGGAUAAAUCCGACCCCUUGUGGUCCGGGAAUAGCCGCCAGUACAGCCAUCUUGACCCUAGUUUGAUUCCAGUUUCUGAAAGCCUCAAAGACACGGUGCUACGUACUAUGCCGCUGUGGUCGGAUCAAAUCCUCCCGGAAAUCAAAUCCGGAAAACGCGUUCUCAUCACUGGACACGCUAACAACUUCCGGUCUUUGAUCAAGCACCUGGACAACACCGGAAACACGGACAUCGCUGACCUUAACCUCCCCAACUCCGUGCCCCUCGUCCUUAAGCUCAACUCUAAACUCAAGCCAGAAAAGUAUUAUUUCUUGAACGCCUCAGGAGACAACCCGGUCGUGCGCAUCAAAGCCAAAAGAAACGGUGCGAACAUCAGCGCCAAGUUUUCUUAAAACACAUCUUUGUUAUCUGAAGUGUUGAAAAUAAGAUAUUCCCGAGACAGUCACUCAAGAUAAUCACUCAAGAUACUUGAAUGAUUUUACCCAUGAUUCAACAACAGUGCUGUUAUUUCA